CGAAAUGGCUUACCAUACACGAUGUUGUUGCUAGACUUUAAAUCAGACCUCACCCUUUUUCCCCCACAAACAUCUAGAUAUGUUUAUUUAUAGGGUACACGAUGAUGGGUUAUUGAGCUAUGUAGAUGUGAUUUAAUUAAGAUAUUAUUAUUUUCAAAAAUAUUAUCAUCUUUAUGAUUACAGCAAUCUGAGCGACCAAUUCGAUACCUUUAAAAUAAUCAGAAGGACUUGGGAAAACGCAAACAUGAACACAAUCUGCGAAACUCAAAACAUGGAGACUGCAGAAAUUCCAGAAAGUGAUUGCCCUGACAAGGAUCUGCCUGCUGUUUUUCAGUGUCAACGUUGCAAUGUGAUAAUCAGUGAUUCCAUAGCAUUCACGGCUGCUCAUGAUGACUUGAAGUCCAUCACAGUGAACCGAGUGAACUCAUCUGUAGAAUUAUCAACAAAGCUCAUCACAUCUACAGAUGGCAUCGACCAAGGAAGUACCUUCAGCCCAUUGGUUUGCCAGGGGUGUAAAACAGUGCUGGGGAAAGUGUACAGAACGACCCCACGACCUCUGGAUGACCUCCGAGAUUACUUCACAUUCGAUGUCAACAAACUUUCAGUAUACCAAGUUGGUUCUUCCGAUUCAUCAGCCCUCCCCGAGUCAGAAAGUUCUUUCCAGCAAUACACAAACCUGAAGACAUUGAAAGAAACAACACUUAAGCUGCAGGUGCUGAUGUGUGCCAUGCACCAACGUAUCCUCAACAUUGAGCAGUCACUUGAGAUUGAGGACACCAAUGUUGCAGAGAACCCCCUGCAGUCUAUGGCAGGGCUUUUAGGACCAGUCAACCCCUCAGGGUCAUCCUCUACAGCUGAUCACCAACCCAAAGAGGUACUAAAGGGUGGGGCUGCCAAAGGCCAGAGUCUAGCUCUGCAGCUGAAGGGAGGAAAGGAUUCAGCUGUUCUUCCAGGAAUAAGGAAUGGACCAGAAAUGGGACAGUAUCCCAUGAAAGAUGUCCAAAGGAGUGAUGCCUUUGAAAGAGCAAGCGGCAGCGAAACCAGUGGAGCUACCACAAGCAAUUUCAAGGGGACCAAGAGGAGCAGAGGAUCAUCCUCAAAGGCCUCUCGAGGGAGAAGCAGUCGGGGUAAGGCAAGUGGCAGCCAUCCGACAUCAAGUGACAGUGACAGCGAAACUAGUGGAGCUACCAUGAGCAAUUCCAAGAGAGGCAGAGGAUCUUCCACAAAGACCCCUAGAGGGAGAAGCCGUGGUGGUAAGGGUCAAGAGAAUGCGAGCAAUUUGAACCAGGUUAGAGGAACAAAGCGGACCAAUGAUUUUGGUGAGGUACCUGGAGACCAGGAUGAACUUGAGCAUGGAUUGGAAUUAUUGUCACCAAUCAGGAAAAAGUCAAGUGUAAGACGAAACAAGCCAUUAUGAAGGUUGAAAUUUACGUGAUGGAUCUUCAGCUGCAGAGAAUCUCUUUUCCUGCUUUGGUUUGACUAAUCGAACAAACAAUUGAUUGUCACAGUCAACUUUUGUCACUUGUACAAGUUUAUUGAACAUGUACUUUAAACAAUACUUAUUUCAGUACACAAGUACACAUAUGUAAAUUAUAAACACAAAAGAUUUAUAUGAAUUCUUUUUGGUCAUUUUCUAAACAUUUAAUCUAAUAUGAAGUAAACUAAAUUAUUCAUACCCUUACCAAGUUUUGUAAUUUUCAAGCAUGUGAAAAAAAGAUUUUUCCUGAUAUAUGUUUCUUGAAAA